AUGUCUCGCGAUAGCCGGCUAGGUGUUGGACUAGCACAGUUUCUCCAGCAACAGUUCAAACGUUUUGGGAAUGAUGUCGCUAUUGAGCAUGGUGUCUAUCGUGUCACGUUUACCGAGGUACACAAAAAAGCGUCCAUUCUGGCUGUUCAGCUUCGGAAGCACGAGGUCCGAAAGGAGGAGCCAAUCGUCAUCUUGGCCAACAGGGGAAUAAACCAUAUUAUCUCCCAAAUUGCUGUUGUAUACGCAGGAUGCACCUGUGUUCCUCUGGAUGUUGACUUGCCCGACGAACAUCUUCUGAAAUUUCUGACAGGUUGCUCAAUUGCGUUGACGGACCCAACAAACCAGGGGCGACUGCCGACUCUGCACCAUGUCAUUGUUGAUCAUGCUGCUAUACCUAUGAAUGACAUCGGCCUGCCGAUGGAUGUAUCGAAUAAUGGGAGGGAAUGUCGUUCUCAUAUGAUGUAUACCUCGGGAUCGACCGGACGCCCAAAAGGUGUCCAGGUUUUGGCCGACAGCCUGAUCAACCUUGUUUUCAAUCACUUCGCACCUGUUAGAAGAGGCUCUCGAGUUGGUCAUGUAUGCAAUGUGGGAUUUGAUGUCUCGCUGUGGGAGAUUUGGUCAGUGCUCUUGGUUGGAGGCACUUGUGUUGUUUUUGAACGGCACGAGAUUCUGGAUCCUUUGAUCUUUGAGCGGCGACUGAAGAGUGACCGCAUUGACGUGAUGUGGCAAACAACGUCACUACUCGCUACUAUCGCACAUAUUUGUCCCGACAUAUAUUCCUAUGUGGACACGCUUCUCACUGGUGGUGAGGCAAUAAAUGUGCAUACUAUCCGAACAAUCUUCGAGAAUGGCCCGCCUCGACGUCUCCUGAAUGUUUAUGGACCGACCGAAACAACAAUAUUCACGACUUACCAUGAGAUCCAUCAAAAUGAUGUUGACAGCGGUCAUAUACCAAUCGGAAAGGCAUUGCAGAAUUACGACACUUGGGUAGUGGAUAAAAAUCUUCAGCCCGUUCCGUGUGGGUCUAUCGGUGAGCUUCUGGUCGGCGGGAAAGGAGUAUCGCCUGGCUAUUAUCGACAGCCGGAAAAAACAUCGCAGGUUUUCGUUCAUGCGCCGCAUCUGCUUCGAAAUGGUCAGAGUAAGGAGACGCGGUUCUAUCGCACGGGGGACCUUGUGCGAGAAACAGAUACGGGCGAUCUUUACUACCUUGGACGUCGGGACCAUGAAGUGAAAAUUCGUGGUCAGCGAGUCGACCUGGAAUCGAUCGAGGAAAGUCUUCUGGAGACACAGCUACUCUCGUCUGCAGUUGCGCUGAGGGUUAUGCUAGAGGAGCCCGCGGGAGGCUCAAUCUUGGUUGCAUACGUGGUCCCUAUAACCCCUGAUGUCACGGCUGACAUGAUCCGGGCAGCUUACACUGCUCUGGGGCCUCAGUUGAUGGUUCCUCGUUUACAAAUUACCGAGACAAUUCCGCUCACAUCAAGUGGUAAAGUCGAUCGAAAACGAUUAAUCAACGAUUAUGUUCGGCAUCUUCAGCCACUAAGAAACGGCUCGAGUGAUAUCCAAACAAACGGAGACCAUGGUGCAGAGGAAUACCUCAAAUAUUGGUGGCGAGAGCUUCUCGGAUGUUCGUCCAACUGUUUUAGUGGGAGUGACAACUUCUUCUCAUUAGGCGGUACUUCAUUGCAAGCAGUCCUUCUGGCAUCGAGGAUCAAACAGUCCCUGGGGUUGUUAAUCCCCGUGGCCGCGUUAUUUGACAACCCCACGCUACAGGAGAUGUCGGAUCUGAUAACCCAAGCAAGAAAUGGCGUGUCGUCACAACAUGAGAGUCUAUCCGAAGCUACGCCUUGGCUCGACGACUGUAACCUAGGCCAAGGACUCGAACCUACGGGGACCUCGUAUCCAGAUUGGACCAGCCAGGAAGAGGGGAGGGUUUUCCUAACAGGCGCAACCGGCUUUAUUGGUGCAUUCUUUCUCGUGGAGAUCCUUGCACUGCCAAAUGUUCAGAAGGUGGCAUGCCUUGUGAGAGCCCCAGGCCCUCAUACUGCUCUUUCUCGCAUUCGCAAUAUGCUCCAGCGCUAUAAAUUAGUCCUCAGUCCGGACAAGGAGGCUAAAAUUAUACCUGUGCCGGGUGACUUUGCCUUGCCCAAACUUGGCCUUGACGAGAAGGGGUAUGAAUGGCUUUCUAUGUGGUCCAGUGUGGUCUUCCACCUCGGGGCUCAUGUCAAUUUCGUCCAGCCAUAUUCCACCCAUCGCGCGGCGAAUACUUUUGGAACGGUGAACAUGAUUGAAUUUGCGAAUUCUGGGCGACUGAAGCCACUUCAUUAUACCUCCACUAUCAGUGCCUAUGGACCAACCGGAAUGAUUACAGGAAGUACUGAAAUUCCUGAGAUUGAGAGGCCCGCAUCUCAUGCCGCCGCGGUGCGAUACGAUACUGGGUACGCCCAGAGUCAAUUUGUGGCCGAGAGUAUCAUCUGGGAUGCAGUGGACAGGGGUUUUCCCAUUACAGUCUAUCGUCUGGGUUAUGUGCUAGGUCAUAGUGAGACUGGAGUCAUGAAUUUAGAGGAUUUUAUCAGCCGCUUGAUGACUAGCAGUAUCCGGUCAGGUUGUUAUCCCUUGCUCCCUCGGCACCGCAAGGAUUUGGUACCGGUCGACUUUGUUGUUUCCGCUCUUCUUCGUCUAUCAUCUCAUUCCGGUUAUGCCGGUCAUGCAUUUAACCUGGUGCACCCAGAUCGCGAUUCCGCUAUGGACCUUCCUCUAAUAUUCGAGGCGAUUAACCAGCUGGGUGGCGAACGCCGACUGGUUGGGGUGCAAUACUCUCAAUGGCUAGAGAAUCUGGCCAAUGUCCCUGAUUGCCCUCUCCUGUCUCUGAUGCCCAUGCUAGUGGAGAGGGUGUGGAAGGAGAUGAGCAGGUGGGAAAUGCAGCAAGACAUGCCGACCUUCUCGACUGAAAAUACGCGACAGGCGCUUGCAACACUAGCCCCAGAGCUAUUACUUUGCCCAUCAACAUCAUCAGUCGUCGCGAGAUACUGUCCCGAAUGGAUUACAGCUGCUUCGGCAUGA